GUCAGCUAUUAUAUAACAUUAUCUUGAAGCUAUUAUUUUCGUUUAAUGUGUAUUUUCUGAGUUUUUGUCUCUAUAUCUAUCAAUAUCUUGCUAUUUAAAAAGAGGAUGUUAUUGACAUCGUCACAAGUCUCGGUGCUAAUCUCGUCGGGAAUAGUUGUCUUAUGUACGGCAGCGUUAUUUUUCAGCGGCUAUGCCAUCCAACAACGAACACUCCGUGAUUUAAGAUCGGCCAUUCAAAUCAACAGAGCACCUCGACCGAGUCCCAAAAUCUACCUCCCAGACCGAUUCAAGCGCUCUACGACCGAACUGGAAGAUGGAACAGUAGUCGACGUAGAUGACCCACGGCUAGGGAAUCGUCGGAGGAAACUUCGUAUUGAACAAGAAGAUAAUGAUGAUAUCAUCGUCGUGCGGCCCACAUUCCCGGACGAAAAGCCGAAACAGCGAAAACCGCAUAACCAAGAGAAGAAUGACGUUGAUGUGGAAACACCAAAGAACGGAGAAGAUAUGAACAAUCAAAAACCAAUAAGCAGAGCUGAGAGGAGGCAGAAGAUUAAAGAAGAGAUCCGACGCUUGUCGGAAGGCAAGGAACGGGUUUAUUACCAACGACGAUUAUGGUAAUCAGUCCGUGUUAGCGUUUCGCAUUUAUUGUUUUGGGUUGUUCUAUAUAAGAUUGGCAUUAUCUACUUGGUCAAGUUGGCAUAUAUACUGGGAUUGGUGGGGAUAGGGCAUUUGGUAAACAACGGGAAGUUGGAGGCUGGUUACUAGACCUGGCUUAUUAAAUUUUGGGCAACGACGUAUAAUGACAACGGUCGGCUAUUGCGGGAUUGGAUUGUAUGAUUACUUAGGCACCUACUUCAUGGGAUGGCGGUUAAUGUUGCUUGGCUGAGAAUGGUACACGAAUCUUUUCUAUCAUAUAAGUAAAGACUGCCUCAAGAAGAGAAGACAUAUCGGGAUUGUGGUAUCAAAACAUUCAACUUUAUCUUAACUUGUUAAUAUCACGCCCCACGAGGUUGCAGUGGAACGGUGUCAUCUGAACCCC